GAGCGGCUACCGGCCCGCACCUCCCCCGCGCAGGGCGUGUCCCGCGCGAUUAUUCCAGCGGCUGGGGAGCUCCGAGCAGAGCCCGCCGCCGACUGCCGCUGCGGGAUGCUGCGCUCUACGUCCACCGUCACCCUGCUCUCGGGCGGCGGCGCCAGGGCGCCCGGGGCGCCCAGCAGGAGGGCAAAUGUCUGCAGAUUGCGGCUGACCAUACCUCCUGAGAGUCCAGUUUCUGAGGAAAGUGAGAAGAAAGUUGAAAGAAAAGAGCAACAUCCUGACCUAAGCAAUGGAGAACCGACCAGGAAACUUCCUCAAGGUGUUGUCUAUGGUGUGGUCCGAAGAUCAGAUCAAAAUCAACAGAAAGAAAUGGUGGUGUAUGGCUGGUCCACCAGUCAGUUAAAAGAAGAGAUGAACUACAUCAAGGAUGUGAGAGCCACUUUGGAACAAGUAAGGAAGCGGAUGUAUGGAGACUAUGAUGAAAUGAGACAGAAGAUUCAGCACCUCACCCAGGACCUGUCAGUUUCACAGGCUCAGCAAGGCUAUCUCGAGAGUCACAUCCAGACACAGUCGUCAGCCCUGGAUACUUUUAAUGCCAUGAACUCGGCUUUGGCUUUGGACUCCAUUGACCUGCAGGUAGUCCUCUGUUCAGUAGCAGUGGGGUGCCCUCUUUUACAGUGCAGGAGGCUCAAUCCCCAAAUCUGGACUCGAGUUCCUUAUGUGCAAUAUGCUGAUCUCUUGAGUCACCAGGAACGCCAUCAACUACAGCUUCAGCUCCUGGAGCACGAAAGCGAAAUGGCAGGAGAAGUAAAUGAUCCUGACAAGGAAAGGUAUCAGCAGCUAGAGGAGGCGUCCGCCAGCCUCCGGGAACGGAUCCGACACCUGGAUGAUAUGGUGCACUGCCAGCAGAAGAAGGUCAAGCAGAUGGUUGAGGAGAUUGAAUCAUUAAAGAAAAAGGUGCAACAAAAACAGCUCUUAAUCUUGCAGCUUUUAGAAAAGAUCUCUUUCUUGGAAGGAGAGAAUAACGAACUACAAAGCAGGCUGGACUAUUUAAUAGAAACCCAGCCGAAGACUGAAGUGGAAACCAGAGAGAUUGGAGUGGGCUGUGAUCUUCUACCCAGCCAAACAGGUAGGACUCGUGAAAUUGCAAUGCCUUCCAGGAACUAUACCCCAUACACACGAGUCCUGGAGUUAACCAUGAAGAAAACUCUGACUUAGGCACUGGAGACCUGCACUUUUUACAGAGGGACAAAGGCCCUGGAACCCAGCAGCUUGACGUCUGGGAAGGGUGACUGUUGCUUCCUCCUAUACGCAGUGUAAGUCAGAAUGAAAUAGCUGAGGUUCUGAUCCACUUCGAAAGCAUGAAAGAAGUCGGGGGCAGAGGCCCAGGGGGAGGACAGAGAAAGAGGUUUCAAGGUCAUAUUUCAAACACCCAGCGUGCGUACCCUUCUGGACUGGGCCAUCCUUCACUUUGUGUGUAGACACUGAAGUCCCACCAGGAGAAUUCCCUCAAUUUAUUUUCUGUUUUACUCAACUACAGUUGAGAGGGAAAAGGGCAUUAAUUUGAAAUUUCAUGUUAUUUGCGCCAUCUGUUACAGCAUGAAGGUUUUAUUUACCCAUAAAAGUAUUAGAGGCAGUGCUUCUCUGGUUCAGAGAAGCCUGUUCAUGGAGCAGGGGCACCUGGGGAAGCUGGACCCUGGGCAGACAGGACUGUCACCAUGCAGGUGCUCUCUCCUCAUGGGGCCAAUGGCGGAGGGCUGUGGGAGCCAUGCUUGGAGAUGGUCCUCGUGUGGGCAGACACACUUCAUUCUGACGUGCUAUAUAAUCCAUUGGUUUAAUUGUGCCUUAUGCCUUUAUGGAGCCAGCUGAAAUCACUAUAUUUAUUCAACCUGCGAUUUUUUUUUCCUUUCUCACUUUCACUAAAAGAGAAUUUUGUAUGUUGUGGAAAUUUAAUCAUGUACUGUUUUCAGGAUAAACUGGUGGUGUUGUUAAAUGAGUAAUUUGUGCGUGCAUGCUCUACUUUAAUAUUAUAACCUAUGCCGCAUGUUUAAUAAAUACCAUAUAUUUUGUUCUAUU